UUGUCAGCGUCAAAGUUUCGCUUGUGAUUCCGAUUGGCAUAUUUAUCGCUACAGCAGCGUAUUUGUGACUGAAAAUGGUGCGGAUGUAGUGCGGUGAUUACGUAUACGGCUUCAUUGCGUCUUGGUGGCGAUUACCAUAGCAUUUCUAGCAAUUUCUAGCGCAUCCUUGGUGGCGGUCAUUUUACGCGCGAAACACAGUGUCUGCUGCAACAAGCUGAUCGGAACCAGCGUGGACGGCAGGUAGUUGGUGCAGCACACGCCGGUCAGUCUACCAUCAAGAAAAUGCAAAAUUCAGGCGGCGAUCAACGGAGCGGAGAAGAUGUUAAUGAAAAAUAUCGGCGCAAAUACUGCCAGCUGAAGCGGUACAUGAAAGAUAUGGUGUUUGAAAAUGCUGCUCUGAGCGAUCACAUCGCACAGGUGCAAGAGAAGAUCAGUCAACGGAACGAAGAACGAAGGUAUAUGCUGAAGAAGCUGCUUGACCACGAGAACGAACUGGAGACGCAACUCGGUCGCCCGUGCAGCAAGCUGAACGAAUUGAUAGCGAAUAGUUUACCACCGAAACGCCAGUACAAGAAGCGGGACAAAAACUCGUCCACCAAUGGAACUGCUCCUAAUGCCAGCACGUCCACCGACGGACAGGAUGCGCAUGGAAACCAUGUCGGUUCGGAGAGUUCCACGGCGGAGAAUGGUGUGGCGAGGGCUGGUGACGGAGAGCUACCUUCCGGAAGUCGUAUCGAAAAGACUGCCAACCGUGUUGGGCGAAAGCGUGGUCCGGCUGGUAAUAAGCCGGGCAAGAAGGCGCGCCUUGGUGCGUCCGGGGCAUCCAAGAAGAGCGUGCAGAACAUUACCCUCAACAAAUCCGGUCAUCCGACGUACCCGAUCGUGGUCGGUGGUUUCACGAUACAGAACCUUGGCGAAAUCGCUCCGGAUCGACCGGCCUACCAUGCUGAGUACACAAUCUACCCGAUCGGGUACUGCGUGACCCGGCCGUACGGUCAUUACAAGGAUCCAGAAAAGCGUUGCAUUUACACCUGCCGUGUGCUGGAUGAUGGUGAGCGGCCACUUUUUGAAAUCGUACCCGAAACCACCGACCCAUCAUCGUCAUCGUCAACGUCGUCGUCGUUGGCAACUGGGGAUGACAUCAUAAGCGGGCCGAGCACCGACAGUUGCCACGCGAUGCUUCUGCAGCGCAUCAAUGCCGCCCUGAACAUUCGCUCGAUCGACUGCCGGCCGUCGGGGGAUUGGUUUUUCGGUCUCGCCCAUCCAACCAUCUCCAGCUUAAUCCAGAGUUUUCCAAGUUCGGGCCGGUGCACGAACUACAAGGGCAUCAAAAAGGAAAACUUCGCCAACAUGGACAAGGAGAACGAUCCGACGCUAAAUUACGAUGCGCUGCUGCGUCAUAUAACUAUCUCUUCGUACCAUACGGUUCCGGAGAUCAAGGAGGAACCGCCGGACGAAUUGUUCGAUCACUCGGAUGGGAACUCGUUUAGCUUAUCGGUUUAAUGGCUUAAACUACAGCUGAUUGUACAUAAAGCAGAGAGAUAUAUUUUCUGGUUCUGGUUCUGGUCACAAGGACAACAAACACGCUGAUACUCUUCAUUACAAUAUUUGUCUCUGAUACCAUGACCUGUAUGUCACAUGGCAGACUUUUGUUCAAAGCUUCCUAGAGCACUGGCAAAGACCAGUCUUUAUUGGAAUCACCCCAGCGCCAACUAGUUGCAUUCAGAUAGACCUUUACGUACGAACAUCCCUGAAACCCUGCCGAUUUAAUAACAAUAUAAGCAAUAAAACAAAGUAUAUAGAUGUUUAUUCCAAAACAUUGUAGGC